AACAAUUUUCAGGUCAGGUUUUGUACAUCAAAUAUAAUCAAAAACAUAACAUACGUGAAUAAUCAACUUGUAAUGAAUCAGAGUAAAAGUCACGUGCUAAUAAAAAUGUCACGUUUUAGUUAUUAAAAUUUAGUCAUAGCAGUGUAUAUAAAGCGAACGUACAAAGUCAAGGCUUCAGUUGAACUUUGUGUUUCUUUUAAUAUUUCAGUAAUAAAAAAAAAAUAAUCCAAAGUCAAAGUAACAACAUUAAAAUGGCCAAAAUAAGUCUUAUUGUUUUUGCAGUUUUGUUGAUUUCACAAUUGAAUUUAAUUCAAUUUGUCGUCAUGGGUGCUCCUGCUCCAGAAGAAGUAGCUACAACAGCUGCAUCAGCAAAUCCAGCAGGACCAGUAGAUGGAAUUCUACCAGUAACUUUACCAACAGAUCUAUUGAUUCAAUCAAAAAAUUUAACUGCAAUUAUAGACCUUAUUCCAUCUACAAGCAGUAAUCCAUUAACAGCUAUUGGACCAAUUACAAAUGUCACUGGAAAUGUCUCACAACAAAUUGGUGGUAUUGUUGGUACUGUUAGUACUAUUGGUACUGUUAAACCACCUGUACUUUUCAAUCCUUCGGUAGGAAAAUCUCAAGUAGGAAAACAAUUUCUACCAGGAUUUCCACCAGUAGAAUUACCAACAGUUCAACCUCCUACAGGACAACAACCUACUACAGCACAACCUCCAGUUCCACUUGCAUAGAUUGCUUUAAAAUAUAUUUGCUAUUGUUUUAAUAUUUGAACUCGCUGUCCAGGAAUUGUACACUAAUUAUAACUUUUUAAUAUAUAAAUGUUUUAAUAUAAAUAAAGGAAAAAAAAAAAUUAUAAUAAAUAAACUUAAUUAUUUUA